AUGGACUGGCUUCUUCAAGAAACUUCUGAUGAAACUCUAUUACAUGUAUUGAGAGUGAAGCAGCAUUCAAUUUCCCAACAAUCAGAAGGGGAUAACGAGGCAGUGUUUAUGAUAGUUGAGACGCCCUUAAUGAUUGCUGCUCAGAACGGUGUGAAAGAAAUAGUGAUGAAGUUACUAGAUUUUUUUCCAUCCACGGUGAACAUUGUAAAUGAAGAGGGAAAAAACACAAUUCUAUUGGCAGCAGAAAAGAGGCAGACCAAGCUGUAUCAGAUUUUGUGCGAAAAUAAAUUCCUCGACAAAAGGGUAUUUAGUCAAGUUGAUAAAGAUGGAAACACUGCAUUACACUUGGCAGCCAAUCCUGGGAUCAACCUAGAUUGGCAGACAACUACCAUGGUGGAGGAACUCAAGUGGUUUGAGUUUGUGAAAAAUUCAGUGCCUUCAGAAUUGUGGGAGAAAACCAACAAUGAUGGGAAAACAGCAGAAGAAGUCUUCAGAGACAAUUACGAGUUACCAAUGGCAAGGGAUAGAAUGUGGUUGAAUCAGACCUCGCAAACAUGUUCUGUGGCAUCGACCGUAAUUGCAUCCAUGGCCUUUUCCUAUAUUGUGUCAGAGAAGUUCGAUGGAAAGAGCUGCUCAUCACUUGUGGCCCUUUCCUUGUCCCUCACUUCCACCAUCUCCUUCUUGGCCAUACUUGCUUUUCGUUCUAAAUCUUUUAACUUCUGGAGAUAUGUUCCUUUUAUUCUUCACCUUGCUAUUUUGACCAUGGUUGGCUCCAUUGUUGCUUUGUGGAUCUCUCUCAUGCAACUUUGCAAAUCUUUAACUGCCUAUGCAAGUCUUGGCUUGCCAAUUGCCAUCCUUGCCAUUCUUUCACUACCCAUAUUCAUUGGUCGUACGUUAAUGUCUAUGUUUACCGAGUUUCCACCCCCCAACCGCAAAACCACAAAUGCCCUCCGUUACGAAAGGCCCUAG